AUGAUCCUUCGUUUUACCGCUUUGCCGUCUGGCCUCAGACAUGCCCUUCUUGCCCCGUCUCCGGCUCGCACUGCCUCCCGUCACAGCAGCACCUAUGCUUCCCUCUUCACCCGUCCUUCCUCCAGACCAUUUUCAUCACAAUUCUUUACUCGCACCGCUGCUCCUCGCCCACCUUUCAGCCGAAACCUUCUAUGGAUAGUUCCCCUCGUAGGCGGCUUCGCUCUCUACGUUGCCCCACAGCCCCGCUCCCUUCUUCCUAGUGUCUUCUCCUCGCCUACUCUCAUCCCAUAUCCCGCCCUGUCAUCUUCUCACGCUGAGCCAACAAUUUUCUCUCCAGCAGAGCCGGCAGACACCCGCAUUCUGGGCAGCAUAAUAUUCUUUGUGCGGGACCGCAUCUGGGAGCCCAUCCUCACUGCGAAACGAUUUGCAUAUUUGGUCUUCUUAUUCCUACCGGUUCUUCUAACCUCCCCCAUGCUGGUUAUUGGCCGCCCACUCGAGAAGUUGCAUGGCGAUAGAUGGGGCGCCGUAUGGUGGUAUGGAUACCUUACCAGUCAGAUGCAGCGCGCUGGUCCUACGUUCGUCAAGCUUGCUCAAUGGGCUGCUUCUCGCGCCGACCUAUUCCCCGUCUUGUUAUGUGAGCGCCUUGGCGCCCUCCAUUCGCGCGGAAAGGCGCAUCCGCUCUCGUACACCAAGCAUGUCAUCGAGAAAAUUUUCCAGCGUCCCUUCAACGAGGUGUUUGAGGAGUUCGAUGAGACGCCAAUCGGUACUGGUGCCAUUGCUCAGGUGUACAAAGGUACGCUGAGAAAGGACUUGAUUCCGCCUUCGCAUCUCACGCCGAAGCGAUCACGCAAAAAUGUGUUACCCACUGCGCUUGUCAAUGAGCCCCCACCAUCCGUCCCGACAGCGGCUGUCGCUAUCAAGAUCCUCCACCCGGAUGUGUCUAAGCUCAUUGCGCGCGACCUCGCGAUCAUGGACUUCUUUGCGCGAGCACUUACGUUAUUCCCUGGCGUACAGUGGCUUUCUCUACCUGAAGAGGUCGCCGUAUUCGGCCGUAUGAUGCAACAGCAACUUGAUCUUAGAGUUGAGGCAGCUAACUUGGAGGUAUUUGAAAAGAAUUUCUCCGGACGAAAGCUUCCAGUGACUUUCCCAAGACCAUUGACGGUAUGGACGAGUAAAGAGGUUUUGGUGGAAGAAUACCAGAAUGCACUAUCAUUGGAACUCUUCUUGAAGAACGGAGGAGGACCGUAUGACGACCUGCUCGCAGAAGUUGGUCUAGACACGUUUUUGAAUAUGUUAUUAUUAGACAACUUUGUCCACUCGGAUUUGCACCCAGGUAAUAUCAUGAUCAAGUUCACGAAGCCAACUGCACUAUCGAUUCGAAACACUGCGUCUGCCGUGCUCCAUUCGCGCGGACCUACCGAUCCCGAGCCGCUUCCCGCAGAAGACGCGUGCUCAGAUCGCAUAGUCAACCACUUGCGCACUCUCACAGACGACCCGGGCACGUGGCGGGCAGAGCUCCAGUCGCUGCACGCCUCCGGCUACGUCCCCGAAGUCGUCUUUGUCGACGCUGGGCUCGUGACGACGCUCGACGAACACAACCGCACGAACUUCCUCGACCUCUUCCGCGCCGUCGCUGAGUUUGACGGGUACCGCGCAGGCACGCUCAUGGUCGAGCGUUGCCGCACGCCCGAGCUCGCGAUCGACCCAGAGACGUUCGCGCUGCGGAUGCAGCACAUCGUGCUCAACGUGAAGCGCAAGACGUUCUCGCUCGGGCAGAUCAAGAUCUCGGACAUCCUCACCGCGGUGCUCAAGGCCGUGCGGCAGCACCACGUUAAGAUGGAGGCGGACUUUGUGAACACGGUCAUCUCAAUCCUGCUCCUGGAGGGCAUUGGACGGCAGCUAGACCCGGGGCUGGACCUGUUCAAGAGCGCGCUGCCGAUCCUGAGGCAGCUGGGCAGGCAGAUGUCGACCCAGGAGACGAUGACGCAGCUGCCGUCGGGCAAUAUCGGCGCGUUCCUGAAAGUGUGGGUAUACAUGGAGGCGCGCGAGCUGGCAUCCGCUGCGAUUAUUGACGCGGACCAGCUUGUCAAGUAUGACUGGCUAACGCCUGGCAUAUAG